AUGGGUUCAGGGAGGAAAGGCUGGAUGCCUCUAAAGAGGAGAGGGACCAGCUCUGGAAAGAACUCUGGUUAGAUUUACAGCCCAGCCUGGGGCGAUUGAAUCUGGGUGUGUCACCAUGGAGACGGGGCUGGCCAGCGUGCUCCGCUGCCAUUGGCUGUGGACUCCCGGGAUUGGGGAUAUAAGACUGCGCCCAGAGAACCGUGCCCGAACUGUGCGGACCAGACUCGGCUACCGCAACGGCCACGCAGCUCAACCGAGCAGAAACAGCGACGACCGGCAGGAUCUUUAGCAGGGAGUCGGCAGCUCCAUGGAGAACGAAUUCACAUAUGAAGAUUAUCAGAAGACUGCAGAAUGGCUUCUCUCUCGUACCAAGCACCGACCUCAAGUGGCAGUGAUCUGUGGUUCUGGCUUAGGGGGCCUGACCAAUAAAUUAACUGAGGCCCAGUUCUUUGACUAUAGUGAGAUACCCAACUUUCCCCAAAGCACAGUGCCAGGUCAUGCUGGCCGACUGGUGUUUGGGUUCCUGAAUGACAAGGCCUGUGUGAUGAUGCAAGGCAGAUUCCACACAUAUGAAGGCUACCCCCUCUGGAAGGUGACAUUCCCUGUGAGGGUUUUCCGGCUUCUGGGUGUGGACACCUUGGUGGUCACCAAUGCAGCUGGAGGGCUCAACCCUAGUUUCGAGGUUGGGGAUAUCAUGCUGAUUCGUGAUCACAUCAACCUACCUGGUUUGGGUGGUCAGAACCCUCUCAAAGGGCCUAAUGAUGAAAGGUAUGUAUCUGGCUCUUGAGUGUAGGGUUUCAGGACUUUUCUAGGAGUUGUGA